AUGUCCAAACCGGUAGAGAUACAGUCGGCUGCUCAGUUUAGCAGCUUACUGCAGGACUCACCGAACGUCCCGGUCGUUGUCCAGUUCUACUCAGCCUCCAACGAAGCAAGCAAACAGCUGGCUCCCCUCUUCGAACGACUCUCGAGCUCCUUAUCGAAACGCAAAAUCGCUACAUUUGCCAAGGUGAACACCGAAACCGAGGGGCUUAAAGCUCUUGUCUCCAAAUACGACGUCAAGAAGGUUCCUGUCUUCCUCGUCUUCCGCCGCGGCUCGGUUGAAUACAAGGUCGCAUCAGACGACCCUGCAAAGCUCCAGUCAGUUAUAGAGAAACUGGCAAGCGACAUCGAGAACAUGGGCGGCAGCAGCAGCGGUACCGGUGGCUCUGGCUCGAGCUCGAGCUCAGGAGGUGCCUCAUGGAGAGGCGCUGAUCUGCCGCGGGGCUACACCGACAUCUCCGACAGCAUCGACGUAAAGGGACUAGAAUUGCUGAAUGCAGAGACAGAUUUCCCGGUCCGAGCGCUCUUCAGCAAGGACAAGCCAAGUGCGCUGGACAAGGGCAAGAGCACAAGCGACGAGAAGGACUGGGUGGAGAGCGACACGGACGAACAGCUGUUGCUCUUCACCCCGUUCAACUCAGCCGUCAAACUCCACACACUACAGAUCACAUCUCUGCCGCCCACAGACAGUGACGACGACGAUGUACCGAUGAGACCCAAGACGAUCAAACUGUUCACCAACCGACCUCACAACCUUGGCUUCGACGAAGCAGAAGACAUCGACCCCACACAGACUAUCGAGAUCGGCGAAAACGACUGGAACUCCAACGGCACAGCUAACAUCGGAUUGCGGUUUGUGCGCUUCCAAAACAUCACCAGCCUCGUCAUCUUCGUGGUGGACGUCGAUGGCGACAGCGAGAAGGUGCGAUUGGACCGGGUUAGACUUAUUGGCGAGUCUGGCGAGAAGCGAGAGAUGGGGAAGCUGGAGAAGAUUGGAGAUGAGCAGGGCGAGUAA